AUGGAGGAUUACAGGAAGUACCUCGCUGAGCAGGUCGUCUCAGAGGGCAAGAUUAUCACCUACCGGACUUUGAGUCGGGCGCUGGGGGUCAACGUCAACAUUGCUAAGCAAAUGCUCUACGACUACCAUGGCUGGCAGAAUGGAAAACGCUCUGGGGCUGUGCAUGCGACCUACAUGAUCUAUGGUAACAAGAAAUCAGUUCAUACCAAUGGCCAUUCGCAGCAAGACGGAGACGUGGAGAUGACCAGCUCUCCUCCAGAGCCCAUGUCAGUUGCCGAAGAAGUGCCUGUGAUGACGUUGUCUCUCGUCGCGGAAGAGAAUCUCAAAGACGUCCUUUCCCUGUACGAGAACGUCGUAUCCCUUCAUGUCUACAGUUUAAGUGCACAUCAGAUUAAGGACAUGCAAAUUCUCUCAGACAGUGCCAAGCCAGUCCCUGACGUGGGAACUGAAGGCGUUCACGGCGAUCAGCCGAAGAUCACUGCGCCCAUUCACAACCCUCAUGUCCGACGAAGAGAGCGCCGCGAAGCCGCCCGGGUGGCAGCCGCUCCUGUCUCCAAGCCCGUCGGGACGAAGCCAGCACCGUCGAAGCCCGCUCCUGCCGCGACCGUCAAGGAGGAGCCGAAAGUAGAGCAGAAGCCGUUGUCCAAGGAGUCAACUCCGGUGUCAUCAGGAACCAAGAAGCCUGCGCCGAAGCGCGGUGCACCCGGUGGUAUCAUGCAGUCGUUUGCUAAAGCUGCAUCAAAGCCAAAGAGGGCAGAAAACUCUCAGUCAGCGACCUCCACUGCAGCCGACGACUCAAGCAUGCCGACACUCUCAGACGAUGGUGAAGACGAUUCGAUAACGAUGUCUGAGCCAAAGAAGGCGAGCGACACGGGGCGAAAGACCAAGAAGGAUCGUCAGGAAGAGCUGAAGCGGAUGAUGGAGGAGAGCAGUGAGGAUGAAGAGCCAGAGAAGGAGGACACUCCCAUGGAGGAGCCCGAAGAGGAGCCGGCAGCGCCACAGCCUGAAGACAAGGCAGACGAGGAGCCGGCUGAAGUCGUCUCAAGCACUGGAAACGGGAGACGCCGCGGAAGGAGGCGCGUGCUGAAGAAAAAGACCGCCAUAGACGACAAGGGUUAUCUGGUCACCAUACAGGAACCCGGCUGGGAGUCCUUCUCGGAAGAUGAGGCAGCGGCGCCUGCCAAGAAGAAGACCGAGACCGCGGUACAACCCGCAAAGGCAAAGAAGCCGGCGCCAAAGGGCCAGGGCAAUAUCAUGUCUUUUUUCGGCAAGAAAUAA